AUGCUCACCGCGCAGCCGCAGUACGAGGUGCGUCAGCAGACGAGAGGCGCAGCAACUGAAAGCCAGUCGCCGGUGUUAGUUGGGAGCGUAGGACAUGGCGGAUGGAGAGCGCUCCCCUCUCCUGUCGGAUCUUAGCGAUGGAAGCGGCAUGGGGACGACGUUGGGGCCCGGGACGCCUUCUCCGGGUAGCGUUGUUCCCACAGCCACUCAAUACGAUGUUCCCGGUCCCACCUCCAGCAACAAGCCGCAAGGGUUUCCUGUGUUCCCAGCAGGCCAGGGCUCAGUGUUGCCCACAGAGGACCCACCUCCAUAUUCCCCUCUUACUAGCCCAGAAAGCGGUUCUGCCCCCAUGAUAACUUGUAGAGUCUGCCAGUCACUCAUUAAUGUGGAAGGAAAAAUGCAUCAACAUGUGGUGAAGUGUGGAGUGUGCAAUGAGGCAACUCCCAUAAAGAAUGCUCCCCAGGGGAAGAAAUAUGUGCGCUGUCCCUGCAACUGUCUGUUGAUCUGUAAGGUCACAUCUCAGAGGAUAGCCUGUCCUCGACCAUAUUGUAAGCGUAUAAUAAACUUGGGGCCUGUGCAUGCUGGACCGCUUAGUCCAGAACCACAACCUGUAGGGGUGCGAGUCAUCUGUGGACACUGCAAGAACAAUUUCCUGUGGACAGAGUUUACAGACCGGACAUUGGCCCGCUGCCCACACUGUCGUAAAGUCUCUUCCAUUGGCCUACGCUAUCCAAGGAAAAGGUGUAUCUGCUGCUUCUUAAUGGGGUUUAUCUUGGCUGUUGCUGCAGCAGGACUUGUGGCUGGUACGUGGACAUUGGCACGCCGUUAUGGUGGAAUCUACGCCUCCUGGGCACUGUUGUUCCUCUUCGCCUUGAUUUGUGUUGGACGUGCCAUCUACUGGGCAUGCAUGCGUGUCAGUCACCCUAUCCAGAGCUUCUCAUGAGCUUGUCUGGACCUGCCUCCUCCAGUCUCCCUCCCUCAUCCCCCCCACCUCCCCACUUGGUGGCCAGAUUGGCAAGUAUCUGCUUGAUGGCAAGUGAGGAGGUAGUGCAGCAGCUUUCUGCUGCUCCCGGUUAACCUCUUUACCGCCAGGGGGCUGCAGAGCUCUGCAGGACCCUGUAGCUGCUAAGGGGUUAACCCUUUGUUAUUAAUCCUAUGAACUGUAAGAUGGUUUUAGAGACACUACGGAGUCAGGUUGUUAGGGCUGUAACCUGUCUGCAUGUUCUAGCUGAUGCAGGAUAAUGUUUACAUGAAGGAGGAGCAACUUCGGAAGGGUGGAUGUUACUGGUAUAAUUGUAAAAAGCAGGGGAACAUAUACAAAAUCAAAGACAUACUCAAGAGAGUGUCAUGGGGGGUUGGUGAGCUGGUCCUCAUAGGAUGAAACAUCCCCAUUUAUUGAGCGCUCCUCAUUGUUUUGUAUCGUCUGUCGCACCUUAAAAUUUUAUUUUUUAAUUUUGUAGUUAUAAAGGCUAAGAAUUUUGUUUUCGAACCACCCCUGCUGCAAACCAUUAGAGUAACUUCUCCUUCAGCCUUACCGGACAGGCCUUUAAAAAAUAAAAAAUAAAAAAAAAAUAUGAAGCCACCUUUUAGUGAACAUGUUAAACACUGCUUACUUUUUAAACAUCCCCAAAUACUUUAAAGCGAAGUGGGUAACUAAGUUGAAAGGAAGUAACUGCUUAAUCAUUCCUUUCCACACACAAUUCUUUUAUGUUGGUAUUGGCUAAGGCUCAGUGUACCUGUACAUAUGUUAAGUUGCUUAGCUCUGCAGCAGUGUGUGUACUAAGAUUACUGUUGCUUUAAGAUCAAGAUCAGAUUAGGGUUAGAAGGGAACGUAAAGAAACUGCAGCAUAUGUGGCUGCACCAAUUACAAAGUAGGACCUUGCAAAUCAAACCCAGAACUAUUUCUGCAACUCAUUAUUUUAUUUUUUAUAAACUGGGAGGGAUAGGAAAAUCAAGCUUUACUCCUUUAACCCUUCAGCUGCUAGAAAUGUGUGCUCAUAACUCUGCCACCCAAAUGAUUUUGUUGAACGAUUAGCAGGCUUUUAUUAACACUGGACAUUUUUUACAUCCGGCUCAUCCUUGAAACUAAAAUAUGGAGCGCACUACAUGGCAAGAGCUUGUCUUUUAAUUUUACUACCUCUAGGAUAAUACGUAGGAUACCGUUUUAAUACUUGUUUUGUGAUUUUUCUACUCUGUUGCAUUUACUGCGCAGAAUAAAUGUUCUCCUAUAUACCCUUCAUUAUCUAAGGGGAGGAGGGUGAUUCCUUGUAAAGUGGAAGUGACUUACGUUGCAUGUGAUGGAAAGAAGAGCAACUUCAUGAUGACUAAUUCAGAGAAUUGUAACUGAGGAUCAGGGGUAAUACUGUUUUAUUUUAUGCAGGGUCCAAUCUGUGUUUUUUUUUUUUGUUUUUUUUUUU